UUGUUUCGUGUAGUUCUCCUAUUAUUGGUGUCGCCAAAUAUCGCAUCAGCCUCAAAAAUACUGGUGAUGGCUCCAACUGCGUCUAUUAGCCACCAGAAGGCGUUCCACGUUGUGACAAAGGCGCUACUAGAAAGAGGUCAUGAAGUUACCUUGUUUACAUCGGAUCCGCUCAAGAUAAAUCACCAGAAUCUAACCGAGAUCGACCUGUCUUCUUCAUAUAAACUGAUAAGGGAGAUAGACAUUAUAGGCAUGGCUAGCAAGACACCCCUGGACUCUCUCUCUAUCCUGGUAACCAUGCCAUCGCCGGUUAAGGCCCAACUGAAAGAGCCAGCAGUACAGGAUUUCAUCAGGAGAAACCAAACCUUUGACUUGAUGAUCAUCGAGCGUCUGCCUUACCAAGGCUACUAUGGACUGCACCACAAGGUUGGUUCACCACCGCUGGUCGGGUUCGUGACGUUGUCUGCGUUCUCGCCUGUGUAUUACGCCUUGGGGAACCACAUGAAUCCAGCCUACAUCCCUGAAAUCUGGGAGGGCUUCUCUGAUCACAUGAACUUUUGGCAGCGACUGUACAACACGUACUUUGCACUACGUUUCCACUAUAUGUGGUUCUACGAAAUACUUCCGAUACAGGAGACGAUUAUGAGGGAACAUUUCGGAGCGGAACCACCUUCUGUUUACGAAACGGAGCGCAACUACAGCCUACUCAUUGUCAACAACCACUUUACCACGGAGUAUCCGCGGCCUCAUCUACCGAGCGUCAUAGAAGUCACGGGACUCCACGUAUCGACCAAGGUUGAUCGAUUACCAGAGAACCUACAGAAAUUCAUAGACGGAGCCGAACACGGCGUCAUCUACGUCAGUCUUGGAUCCAACGUCCGGAGCAACGCACUGCCCCGGGAGAAGUUCCAGGCUUUUCUGGAGGCGUUCAGACAGCUGCCGCAACGCGUCCUCUGGAAGUGGGAGAACGACACACUGCCUUCCCAGCCGGAGAACGUGAUGGUCAGCAAGUGGAUGCCGCAACAAUCCGUGCUGGCUCAUCCAAACGUUCGCCUCUUCAUAACGCAAGGAGGUCUCCAGAGCAUGAAUGAGGCGACGUACCACGCUGUUCCACUUGUGGUCAUACCUUUCUUCGCCGACCAGCCGUUCAACGCCGCCAAGGUUUCGCAGGCGGAGAUUGGAGUCAGGCUGCACUACCAUGACGUCACUAAGGACAACCUGCUGGCCGCCGUACGAACCGUUCUGGAGGAAUCAAAAUACAAAAAUAACAUGAAGAGACUGUCGGCCGUGUUCCGCGAGCACAAGGCGGACUCGCUGGAGCGCGCCGUGUGGUGGAUCGAGUACGUGAUCCGCCACAGGGGGGCCCCACACCUGCGCAGCGCCGCCCUCCACCUGCACUGGUGGCAGCUGCUGCUGCUCGACGUCGUCGCCUUCCUGCUGGCGGUCGCCGCCCUCACGCUCUACGUCGUCUACUCCGUCUGGUGGCGGAUACUUUCCUUCUUCAAAGGCAGCAAACCCAACCAGAAACAGAAGAAACAAUGA